AUGGCUGCAGCGAGGAAUAAGGCGCUAAAUCUGAUGCGACAUGUUGCAAAAUCAUGGCAACAUUUAGCUCCAGAAUCUUCUAUUGUGACUCUUAACAACAAGUUUGGAACCACAGCUGAUCCCCAAACUCAAAAUGAAUAUGCCUUUGAGAUGGCAUGCUCUAACAUCCGGUAUGGUCCAGGAGUCACAAAGGAGGUUGGCAUGGACUGUAAAAAUAUGGGUGCCAAAUUAGUAUGUGUGAUGACAGACAAGUACCUGAGUCCACUGAGCCCAGUCCAGGUGGCGCUGGAGUCACUGGAACGCCAAAAUGUCCCAUACAAACUCUAUGAUGGUUGCAGAGUGGAACCCACUGAUGAAAGUUUUAAGGCAGCUAUAGAUUUCUCCAAGCAACACGAUUUUGAUUUGUUCCUGGCAAUCGGUGGUGGAUCGGUUAUGGACACAUGUAAGGCAGCUAACCUCUACUCUUCUAAACCAGACUCAGAGCUGCUGGACUAUGUCAAUGCUCCCAUAGGGAAGGGACUUCCUGUUACACACCCGCUCAAACCUCUUAUUGCAGUGGCCACAACAGCAGGAACAGGAAGUGAGACAACCGGGACGUCAGUGUUUGAUUAUCUUCCUAUGAAGGCUAAGACAGGUAUAUCUAACCGUGCCUUGCGCCCCACCCUGGGGAUUGUGGACCCCCUACAUCUCCUUUCCAUGCCAGAACGAGUAACAGCAUAUAGUGGAAUAGACGUACUUUGUCAUGCUAUUGAGUCCUACACUGCCGUUCCUUAUCAGGAGCGAGGUCCUUGUCCAGAAAACCCGAUUCUCCGUCCAGCAUACCAGGGCUGUAAUCCUAUCAGUGAUAUCUGGUCAGCUCAGGCCCUUAGAAUGACCAACAAAUAUCUCAAAAGAGCUGUAUACGACAAAGGGGAUGUAGAGGCUAGAUCAACAAUGGGGCUAGCCUCAUCCUACGCUGGCAUCGGCUUCGGAAACGCUGGAGUACAUUUGUGCCAUGGAAUGUCUUACCCUAUCUCUGGACUGGUCAAGGACUUUGUGUCUGAAGGAUACGACCAGGACAUAGCCCUUGUACCCCAUGGUCUGUCAGUAGUUAUAUCGGCACCAGCUGUCUUCGAGUUCAUGGCUUCUGCAUGUCCAGAGCGCCAUCUGCAGGCAGCAAAUUUUCUAGGUGUUGAUAUAACCAAUAAGAAGAAGGAGGAUGCUGGUCAGGUUCUUGGGGACCGACUUCGUGAAAUAAUGCAAGAUAUUGGUGUCCCAGAUGGUCUGAUAGAUCUGGGUUAUACCAAAGAUGACAUUCCAGCACUCGUCAAGGGCACAUUACCCCAGCAUCGAGUGAUUAAGUUGGCUCCAAGGCAACAGACUGAAGAAGAUCUCACGCAGAUAUUUGAAAAUUGUAUGCGAGUUUACUAAACUUCUGUUUACGCGAUACUCCUCUAUUUUUUAAAAGAAUUUAGUGUCACAUCAUUUAGAGUAAAUUUUAGUAUGAAAAGUACAAAACAGAACUGUUUAUUGAUAUCAACAAAAUUACAGAUUUGUUGAAAUUUAGUAUAAAAAAAGAACAAGAAAAACUGCAAAAAAAUUCCCACUGUACUGGUAGGAUAUGAAGAUGUGAACUUGUCUUUACUGUAUACUAACAACUAUAUACAAGUGAAUUUUUUAUCUUACUUUUUCUUUCUUGCUCAAUUAUAAUGCUGAAAUCAAAUUAUGAAUAUCAUAAGUUUUACUCCACAUACAAAACUACCACAGGGUAUUGCAAAAAUAGUGAGUGUUGCUAGUGUAACAGGUUUAGUUGUAAUAGUUUAGUUUAAGCUUAAAAAAUCCUCUAGUCUAUUGUUUUUCUUGAAAAAAAACCCUGUAAUUUGUAUAAUUUUUUAAAAAUCUAAACCUAAUGACAUUUAUUUCAAUAACUAUAUAUAAAGGAAAUUUCAAAUUUAUUGAUUAAGUUUUAUC